AUGGCCUCCUCCCUCGACCACAACCACACCCUGAACGGCGAUUCCAACACCCAGCAAUGGCCUCCUCCCCCGGCCAUUAUCGGACUCGGAGCCUCCAACUCCACUCCCCAGUAUGCUUUGAAGCGAGCUGAAGAGUUGAUCAAUGUUGGGCAGAAGCAAGAUGCAUUGCAAUCGCUUCAUGAUCUUAUUACAUCAAAGAGAUAUAGAGCAUGGCAGAAGCCACUUGAAAAAAUUAUGUUUAAAUAUGUGGAGCUUUGUGUUGACUUGCGCAAGGGUAGAUUUGCCAAGGAUGGUCUGAUUCAGUACCGUAUUAUAUGUCAACAAGUAAAUGUCAGUUCCUUGGAAGAGGUGAUCAAGCACUUCAUGCAUCUGUCAACUGAGAAAGCUGAGCAGGCACGUACCCAGGCUCAAGCAUUAGAAGAAGCACUUGAUGUUGAUGACCUCGAAGCAGAUAAGAGGCCUGAAGAUCUAAUGCUGAGUUAUGUCAGUGGAGAGAAAGGAAAAGAUAGGUCUGAUCGUGAAGUUGUUACUCCUUGGUUCAAGUUUUUGUGGGAAACCUACAGAACAGUGCUUGAGAUCUUGCGCAACAACUCAAAGUUGGAGGCCCUUUAUGCGGUACUGUAUUUCUUGUUCAGAUCAUCAUCUGUUGUCUUGGCUGCACUUUCAGUUCCCCCCUAUGAUCAGACACGUGCUGCCUCUCACUUGGAACUUGAAAAUGAGAAAGAGCGCAAUUUGAGGAUGGCUAAUCUAAUUGGCUUUAAUCUUGACCCCAAAAUCGACAGAGGAGAUGUGCUUUCAAGAUCUGCUCUUCUAUCAGAACUGGUCUCCAAAGGUGUCUUGAGCUGUGCAACCCAGGAAGUAAAGGAUCUCUUCCAUCUCCUGGAGCAUGAAUUUCUACCUCUCGACCUUGCUGUAAAGAUACAACCACUGUUGACUAAAAUUUCAAAAUUUGGGGGUAAGCUGGCUUCAGCUUCUUCUGUUCCUGAAGUGCAACUGUCUCAAUAUGUUCCUGCACUUGAAAAGCUUGGUACUUUGAGGUUGCUCCAGCAGGUGUCUCGGGUGUAUCAGUCGAUGAAGAUUGAACAUUUAUCUCGGAUGAUCCCAUUUUAUGACUUUUCUGUUGUAGAGAAGAUAUAUGUGGAUGCUGUUAAACAUAACUUCAUAGCUAUGAAAGUCGACCAUAUGAAGGGUGUUAUGAUGUUUGGUAACUUGGCUUAUUUGCAGCAAGAGCUGGAAAAAUUACAUGAUCUUAGGAACAAAGUCAAGUUGGAAGGGGAACAUUGGGAUGACCUUGUAUCUAGUUCGAGUCAGAAUUCUCAUUUAGUAUCCAAGGCUACUCGUUUGUGGGAGUCGAUAUUAGCCCGUAAAAGUCAACAUGAAGUUCUUGCUUCGGGCCCUAUCGAGGAUUUAAUCGCUCAUCGGGAGCAUAGGUACCGCAUUUCUGGAUCUUCUUUGCUUGCAGCUAUGGAUCAGAGCUCUCAGGUUCCUUAUGCAGAUGUCUUAUCUGUCCAGUCUGGUGAUUUUACUCCUACACAUGUAGAUGAUAAAGAGCAGAGUGAUGGUUCAUAUGUCAAUAUUAACAGAGAAAAGAUGAAGAAUAAUUUAGAUUCAUCCCAUUCACAAGUAAAUGAUGAAACUCUUCAUCGAGCAGAUGAGAGAAGUGGAAGAGUCCACCCAACUGUUGACGUGGCAGAAAUUAUCAGGCGUUGGACACAUACUUUACAGCGUAUUCAUAAACAGUCACUUCAUAUGGCAAAAGCUAAUGAGGGAGAGGGUCCAGAAAUUCUAAGAAGUGCGCAUGAAGGCAGUUCAAGUGGUCAUGCCGAGCCAUUAGCUGCAACACUAGCUGAACAUCAGCAGCACUUGGUUAGCUUUCAGGUUCUCAUUAAUCAACUGAAGGAAGUUGCUCCAGCAAUACAAAAGUCAAUAUCAGAAUGGACAGAUAAAGUAGAUAGCAUUUCCUCUAAUCUGCCUCCAAUGACUAAGCAUCCUGGCCAGAUGGAGAAGGGACUUGCCUCACUACUGAGGAGUGCCUGCUAGAUAAAAACAGGAACCUAAUUUGACGAAGGAGUAAAUAAAGGAUCAACUUAAGGCAAAUCUUGGAGUGACGAAGAUUUUUGUAGAAGCGAAUGGCAGCUGAAGGUUAAGAGCCAUCGAGAAUAGGAAUGUUUUUUUAUUCAUGUGUAGCUAGCUAAGAAUGCUCUUGUUUGGUGCAUUAUCUUGUUACUUGAAUGUAUUGAUGCUUGAAUAAUGGUACUUGAAUGAUAUAUA